AUGUCGCGAACACCGAUGGACGAGUAUAUGGAUAGAAUGCGGUCAAUGGUGCGCCAGAACCGUCCUGGGUUUCCUGGUGGUCGCCCGCCUGCCGGCAUGGGUGUGGCAGCCGCGGGGAUUGGCCUGCUUGGUGGUGGCCUGCUUCUGCUUCAGAACUCUCUAUUCAACGUCGAUGGAGGUCACAGAGCCAUAAAGUACCGAAGAAUAAGUGGUGUCAGCAAGGAGAUAUACAACGAAGGAACCCAUAUCAUGAUUCCUUGGUUCGAGACCCCAGUCACCUACGAUGUACGAGCGAAGCCGAGAAACGUCUCAUCUCUUACCGGAACCAAGGAUUUGCAGAUGGUCAACAUCACCUGCCGUGUGCUCUCGCGACCAGAGAUCGCUUCUCUUCCCCAAAUUUACCGAACGUUGGGCCAGGACUACGAUGAACGUGUGCUCCCUUCUAUUGUCAAUGAAGUUCUUAAGAGUGUGGUGGCGCAGUUCAAUGCCAGCCAACUGAUCACACAACGAGAGAGCGUGGCUAGAAUGGUUCGAGAGAACUUAUCAAAGCGAGCAGCUAGAUUCAACAUCCUGCUGGAUGAUGUCUCACUCACGCACCUGGCUUUCUCGCCCGAGUUCACAGCAGCAGUUGAAGCGAAGCAAGUAGCGCAGCAAGAGGCGCAGCGAGCGGCGUUCGUUGUGGACAAAGCUAGACAGGAGAAGCAGGCCAUGGUGGUCAAGGCGCAGGGUGAGGCGCGAUCAGCAGAACUCAUUGGAGAUGCGAUCAAGAAGAGCAAGGCUUACGUGGAGCUGAAGAAGAUUGAGAACGCAAGAGCGAUCGCGGCUCAGAUGCAGGAAUCUGGUGGCAAGAACAGACUGCUACUUGAUGCGGAAGGUCUCGGCUUGAAUGUGUUUAGUGAUGAUCGAGACAAGUGA